GUGCAGAUCAAUAGCUGUUCGCUCCAGGACCGUGGUAUUAGUUGAACUUAAUAAUUGCACUCUUUUCUGGCCCUGUUAUGGCAAAGGCAGCAGCAAAAAAAACGAAGAAAUUGGCAUUCAAGAACGCCAAAAAAUCGUACAUAACGAAGGAUAAUAAAACCAGAGGCAUAAAAUUCUUGACGAAGAAGCUGAAAGAAAAUGAGCCGGAGUUUUUUACGCUCAUCAACCGAGUUAGUGUGAGACCAAAAAUGAAAUUGUGUGAUAUAACAGGCCUGCCAGCAAAUUAUACGUGUCCAAAGACUCGGCUUAAUUACUUUGAUAAGGACGUAUAUUACCAUCUGCUGGAGAUGAACACCGAUACGAUCAAGUCUGUUCUGGCAGUCAAGAAUUUUGGAAUGAACCUCUCUACAUUCAAGUAAAAUUCAUGUAUUUGGUGCUGUACGCACAGCUGAAGUUGUUGUGAUCUGCAGAGUUGUGCUGUAACUCUCUGUCUUUUCUGAAUACCAGUACUUUGUGUUGUGCUAUUACAUGCCGAGUACGAGCGUAUUUUUGUUCUCACUCCUGCUUUACCAUCAAUUAUGCUGGUAAUGCCAAAUUCAUUCCUUUUUAUUGCUACGAUGGAGUAACUGCCAAGCUUUUAUACCAAAAUAUUUCUCUUUCAAAUAUUAAGACCAUUUGUUACGCCACCUGCCACGUAUUUAGAGCUAAUCUCGGUGUGGCAGGAAUAUAAUAAGAAGUGUUAUGAGACAUACCCGUAAAUCAAAUGGCAUAUACAAUUUUA